AUGCAGCACCUUCAGACGAUGUCAGAAGACAAGUCUUACAAGUUGGCGGAUCGCCAAAAAUUUAAAGGCUGGCUAAGGAAGUGGCAACAAGCUCGAAUUCCUUUAUUGGCUUGUCUUUUUGUUGAAAUUCUUAGCCCGGCGAAGGUGUUGUCCCUCGCUUUUCAAGAUAACGAUAUUGACACAGUUUCUUCCAUUCAGCGCCUCGAGACGGCAAAAAAGCAGCUUGCAUGUCUAGAACGGAAGAAUUUUGAGGAUCUGCCAACAGUCAAACGAUUUCUGGACAAAGUUGAGGAAACAAAAUUUUUCUAUCAGAACGUUGCGCUGCCCAACUUCAAUGAUGCUAAGGAGUCCACAAAAGUAUCAAAGCGCGUGUUGCUGGGAAAGAUCAAGGAAGCAAUGCAGACAAGGAUGGAGGCAGCGGAAAACAAGUAUGUUGUGAUGGCCGCCACUAUCUUGAACUGCGAAGGAUGGGAGAGGAAGAACGAAAAUGGGGAAGAAGAUGUGGAGUUUGCUGACAACUAUGUGGCAGCCCUAUUCGACCACUUCCGUGAACCAUUGUUGAAAGCAGGCUUGGAUGUCGCUCUUAACAGUUUACUGGAGCAGUGGCAUGACGUAGUGGCCUACGCCACACGAUACCUGGAUCCUUCCAGAACGCACUACCUGCGUGUUUGGAAAAGAAUCUUCGAUUCAAGCCGGAAAGACAGGUGGAACAUGGUGCCACUGUUGGUCGAACUUCUCCUCUCCAUUCCCAUCUCUAAUGCGAAAGUUGAAAGGCUCUUCUUGCUGAUGAACCGUGUGAAGACAGAUUUCCGGGCAUCGCUCAGCGAGAACACCCUUAACAACCUCAUCAGAAUCCAAAUGGAAGGCCCACCACUUGAAGAGUUUGAUCCCACUCCUGCCAUCCAGUUAUGGGCAAUGGGUGCUACCCGCCUAAACCAAAGGGAAAGGCAUUACAGUGCCAGAGAAUCGAAGAAUAGGCAGAAGGUGUUAAUCGAUGCUUCUUCAACUGAAGAAAGUUCCGGCACUGACAGUGAGGAAGAUUUCGAAUAA